AUGGAGAUCGACGAAUGCCCAGCAAUAAAGCCGGAGGGCCAGUCCGCUUCGGAAGGUGCAGUACGACAUGAUGAAACUACGAGCGCACCGGCCAAAAGAACUUCAUCUCCCUCCUGUUUUCUAUCCGGUGUAAAGUGUCAUCUACACAGACCACCUGGCGCAGGGAACGAGGACUUUGUCAUGCGUGAUAGAAAUCAUGCGUUUCACUCCGUAGUAGACAUGUGCGCAUGACAGGUUGAGUUGGUCGUCGUCGUAAAGGCUUUCUUUACACAUGUUGAUAGUUUCACUACAUCCUCCAGGCGACGCCAGCGGGGAUCGGCGGUGGUGGAUCACCAGCUGCAAUGGUUGCAGCUCAACAUCAUAUGAAGCGAUCUCGUUCGGCGGGAAGGUCGACUUCAUCUGCAGGUUCCGAAAACAAAAACUUCUCUGCGGCCGCACAACUUCUAGUUGGCGUUGGAUCUGCUCAAGUAGAACCGGGAGCAGGAGAAGUGGAUGAAAGUAGAACCCUACCGCGAGAAGAAAAGUACAUUUCGCCAGAAAAAGUUCUCACACCGGGUUUGCAACCUCCGUGGCUGAUGACUUCUUCCAGGAGCCCGGUAGAUGAGCAGAUGGAGAACUGUUUUAAUAAAGGCGGCGAAUCUAGUACUGAUGCGCAGGAGAUUCUUGCGCAGGAUGUCGAUAAGCCGCGGUCUUCAGGAUCACAGGACUCGGUGGACGACUGCUCACGAUUCUCACAGCCUGGUGAUGCUCGUACUCCGAGCGAGCACGAGAUGGGGACUACGGGGAGUCGUAGUCGACCACACGCAGAAGAUGCUGCUAACAGGGCAAAAAGCAGGGAAAAGAUGAAGACAACCUCCAGUGGCCUCACAACUCGCAAUCCAAUUUCCCCCGUUCUCCGCGACGAGGAUUACACACCGCAAGACACGCCGACCCCGCCGGUUGCGCAGUGGCCGCCGGGGCCAGCACGGGCAAAUGAUGGCUCGAGAAGCAACUCUCCUGAGAAUGGUGGUCGUGGUACGCAAGGAAACCCCGACCCGAUGGGCUCCUCGCCCAGAACAGGUACAAGAGCCUCGUCUUCGCCUUCCGCCGCCGAUCGAAAUAGGGACCAACGUGGCACCAGCUACGGCCGACGCGGACACAAUGGCAGCUCAAGUUCUACAUCGACUACAGCUGUUCCGUGUUCACCGGUCGAGCCACAAAUUGGCCCGCACUACAACCAGGAGGACACAAGUACUUCUAGCCCUCGUCAAGAACAACAGCCACAGCCACACGGCAACCUGCGGCGGCCGCAAGAGGAGCGGCUUCUGACUGCAACUACCGGUGGCAUCAACGCUCCCGCUUCUAGUGGUGGCCCACCGGCCGGGAAACAUGAACUCGACCAAAUCACCUGCAUCCUCUCGGCGCACCGAAGCCGGCGCCGCCAGGCGUUGUUGAGCCGAACAGUCGCCGGGCAGCAUCGGAUUUUGCUGGAGCAGCGCGCUGCCACUGCUACGGGGGCCUCUUCAUCUACAGCAGGAAAAAGGAAAAAUGGGAACAAUCGUCCUCCAACAGCUCCUUCUACGGGCGGAAUAAACGCAAGUGGCGGAAGGGCCACAAGUGCAUGGGACCACGCGGCCCAGGAGUCGUGGCUGAGCUCACUAUCAAAUGCAAAUAUGUCUGGGUCUGGACGAAUGCGGAAGUUUGUCAUGCAGGUUUUGCGUGACCCAGAAGGUCUGGUAUGUAAGUCCUAGCAUGACACGUCUUGUUGAGAUGAAUGUGUCUCAAUGCCUAAUCCGCAUGACAAACUCCUUCUUUUGGUGCCAAGUUUUGGGCGGCGUUUGCUGUUCAUGCAUGACAGAUCUUUGUGUUGUGUGAAAUGUGCAUCACAAGUUGAUGCACCAUCCUUUCAGACCCGGACAUAUUUGCAAUGCAUACUCAGCCCCGUCGGACGAAACACAGCCCGUACGGAACUCUUCGGGCCGGAGAAAUACAAAUAGCAGAAGGGUCGCUGGCCGAGAGAACGUCGGACCAGAUGGCGCCACCAGACAGCGCCGGCGGGACCGACUGUAUCAAUGCGUGUCCAGUCUGCUCGGGGGCGGGUGUCGGUGAAGGAAUGAAUUAGUAGAAUCAGUAACUUCUACUUCAACUUCUGCAUCUGGUAUAACACGAACGACGUCGUUACAACGGCUCCUGCAGGAAGACAAAGUGCUGGUGAAAGGCACCAUUUUUGCAAUUCAAUUUUGCCAUUUUUUGAGAAACCAGUUAGAAUGCCCUUUUACGUGUCGUGUUUUUGCUGGAGCAAGAGGAUACACUUUCUGUCAAAACCUGAAGAUUCUGAUUUUCUGCAACAUGCAUUUUUUUGUGGAGCUCCGAUUAAGUAGUUUUUUGACGCGAGACCAAGAUGUUAGCGACCCUGUGCACCGUUCUUGCCGUGGAAGCGGUCAAGUAUUGACGAAUGCACAUGGUAGCCGUAGCGGGCCUCGUGCAGCCUUCUUUUUUCUGCGAAACAAAUUUACAUCUAUACUAUGCAUCUGUAGAUGAUUUGCAGCAUUACAAUAUUCUUUCCUUUCCUUAUCUUUUGUUCCCUUUCCCAUUUUUGAGAUUACAGUAGGUAUUUCCGGUUGUUGGGUUCAAUCUUUAUUUCUUCGAGAAUACAUGAGUACAAGCUGUAGUGUCAGAUAAGAGGGGACGACGGUUGUGGAUUUCUCUUUUUUCAUCUUCUCCACCCUGUCCCGCAAUCGAACCCACAAGCUAACUCACGGUCCGUGACGACGCUGUGCUGAUACUGCAUUCUGAGCUCGGACGAUCUUGUCUUCUUUCAAUGUGUUCGAGAUCCUCAACGUCA